UUAACUCUUUUUAGUUUGGCCGUUUGUUUAGUUUCAUAAAAUUUGGCUGAAAAAGUGCAAUAAUCGAUAUGUUACUUAACUAAGUAUGGCAUGCAAAGUGUUUGGAGUAUCGAUAAAAGGAAACACGUAUAAUUGGCAAAUGAUUAAAUAAAAAGUAUAGGCUCAUUCAUCUCGCUCCGUCAUCAGUUGUCUUAGUCGUUCUUGUGUUUAGAAGGUGCAUUUGUUCUAGUAGUCGAAAAAGACAUUUUCCUACGAUAAUUCAAUAUAACAGACUUUAACAAAAAUGCUGCGCCCUGGACUGAGUAUCUACCAAGCAAAUAAAGGACACAUGAGUCGUCUGCUGAUACUAGUUUUGCUGAAGCUAGAUUUCACAAACAGUCAAGAUUGGAGUGAAUAUUGGAAAAAUAAAUUGAAAGAAUACAAGGUGAUACCUGAUAUACUUUCCUCCGAGCCGCCGCAAGCUUUGGGGGCGAUUUAUCAUAUUUUUAUCGUUAAUUUUGGAGUACCAUUACUUCCAAUUCAAUUUCAAGACGAACCAAAUCGGAUGGAAUGGCCAACAGAGGACCACGCACUGUAUACUUUAGUAGUUACAGGUCUAGAUGCUCCAACAGGCCAAAAUACAAGUAAUCGAGAAUGGCUUCACUGGUUGAUCGUAAACAUUCCAGGUUUUCAAUGGAAAUUCGGAACCAAAAUAGUGGAUUAUCAAGGUGACUCCCGCAAUUACGGACCAGGCCCUCAUCGUUGCGUCUUUUUGGCGUUUAAACAACCUUUUAGACAAAAAAUGAUUUUCAACGAAAAUUGUAUUAGAAAUGGGGCAAAUGAUAGUCUGAGGGCAAAUUUCUCAACGGCAGCAUUCGUCAAAAAAUACAAUUUAAGUGAACCCGUCGCCGCAAAUUUUUUUGUUUUUGAAUCGGAGUUUUCAAACGCUGUACCGUCCGUCCAAAUUUAAUGUGAAUAUUGUAAAUAUUACCGUACAAUUUUCAAAUAGAAAAUAAGUUUAAAUUGCAAUAUAUUUGUCGGUGUCAUUACGUUCAUAAUGAUUUAUGAGAAAGUUCAACUGUUGUUCGUAAAUUAUGUUACAAUGUAAGGAAUACCCCUUCAAAAUGUAUUCAUUCGUAUAAUGAAGGAUCGCACAUUUUGCAUGUA